AUGAACGCGGCUGCUUCUGCCGUGGUGAAAGAGAUACCAGAUCUCUGUAUAGCUUACGGAGUCAGCGAUGAAUACAGUUUCAUCUUCCACAAGACCACCACCCUCUUCGAUCGCCGCUCAUCGAAACUCCUCUCCACCAUCGUCUCAACCUUCACCGCCUUCUACAUCCACCUCUGGGGCGUCCACUUCCCUCCUAACAUAGCGCUGCAGCCACCUCACCUCCCCACCUUCGACGCCCGCGCCAUCUGCUAUCCCACCCUAGCCAAUCUUCGUGACUACCUCUCCUGGCGUCAGGUAGACUGCCAUAUCAACAAUCUGUACAACACGACGUUCUGGGCGAUGAGGCAGAAGGGCGGGAUGGGGCCAAGGGAGGUGGAGGAGGAGCUGAAGGGUACGUUGGCGAGUGAUAAGAAUGAGAUUCUUUGGGGAAGGUUUGGGAUUAAUUAUAAUGAUGAGAAGGAGAUAUUUAAGAAGGGGAGUGUUGUCUUUUGCCAGUAUGAGCUUGAAGAACCAGCAGAGGGGAGAGCAGAUACGCUUGCACUAGAAGAGGAUGGAGCAUCAACGGCAGUUCCGGAUACCGAGCCAAGUAAGACGCAGAAAGAGAGGGCGAAGAAAGUCCGGGCAAAGGCGAGCGUCGUGGUCAGACACAUCGACAUUAUCAAGGAUGACUUCUGGGAAAGGAGACCAUGGAUAUCGAGUGGUAAACCUGGGAAGCCGCUUGCAGUCGAAGACCAAUAA